AUGAAGCUGCGGUUGAGACAUCACGAGACCAGAGAAACCCUAAAACUCGAAUUCGCCGAUACUGGAACUCUCCACGAUCUCCGGCGACGGAUCAAUUCAUCGGAGCCUUUCUCUGUUCAUCUAUCACUUAAUCGCAAGGACGAGCUCCUCUCGCCUUCGCCGGAGGAUACGCUCCGAUCUCUUGGUGUAACAUCCGGUGAUCUAAUCUACUACUCUCUCGAUCACUCUUCUUUUGCUGCACCGGCUCAGGAGAUCGGAUUAGCCUCGUCUUCGGGUGAGGCAAAUCAAGGUCUAGUUCCAACUGACGACGGGAAAUUGGAAGGUCCAGAAUCGGAGAGGAAGUUUGUUCACGAUUCGAUGGGUAUUGGAUUCGCAGAGGCCGAUGUUGUUGUCUCCGAUCAAGCAAAAGCGGAUCUAAAUCCCGACCCAGCCGAAGGAUCGACGGAGAUCACUGAGGGUCCAGAGACGAUGGAUGUUGAGGAGCUUGAUGUGGAGAUCGCUGCCGCUGGAAGAAAAAGGUUAAGCGAACCAUUCUUCUUAAAAAACAUAUUGCUUGAGAAAUCUGGUGAUACCAGUGAAUUGACUCUCUUGGCUAUGUCAGUUCAUGCUGUUAUGUUAGAAUCUGGGUUUUUGCUGUUGGAUCCUGGCUCUGAUAAGUUUAGCUUUUCGAAUGAGUUGCUCUCUGUAUCCCUAAGCUAUACUCUGCCGGAGCUAGUUACCCAUGUGGAGUCUGUUACUGUGCAGUUUCAGAGCUUAGGCCGUGUGGUUGUAGUUUACGGAUCUCUAAGCGGGUCUAAUCAGCGUGUGCCCUGGGUUUAUCUUGAUAAGGAUAAGUUUGUUGACGUUAUCGAGUCGGUUAUGGACAAUUUGAAGUUUGAAAAACAAGGCACUUCGAGUUACUACCGCGACGUGUUUGUGUUCUGGAGAAUGGUAAAAGAUGGUCUUGCUAUUCCGUUGUUGAUUCGUCUUUGUGAUAAGGCGGGUUUGGAACCUCCACCAUGCUUGAUGCUUCUACCAACAGAGCUAAAGCUGAAGAUACUAGAGUCGCUUCCUGGCACGAGUGUUGCAAAGAUGGCUUGCCUUUGUACAGAAAUGAGAUAUCUGGCUUCAGACAAUGACUUAUGGAAACAGAAGUGUUUGAAAGAAGCUAAGAACAUUGUUGUGACAGAAGCGGGUGAGUCGGUUAAUUGGAAGGAAAAAUUUGCUACUUUUUGGAGGCAUAGGGUACGACACGUUCCCAUAAGAACAAGUAGCAUUCGAUUUCCUCGUAGAGACCCUUUCCCAAUGUUUAAUGGAGAUCACUUCCGUGGACCCAUCGGUAUUCACCCUGGACAACCAGCUCGGGGGCUUGGCGGACGACGAUGGGGUUGUCGCAGAUGCCAUCAUGGAGGGCUCAAUUUUUGUCCCAGGUGCAACCAUGGUGAGUGA